AUGCGUGCCCACUACUUUGCCAUUGGCCUCUUGGGCCUUGCAACCCUCGUCAUCGCCGACAACUACUUCACAAUCGCCCUUCAUGCACCCAAGAAUCCCAUGCUUCACGGCAAACUCGUCAACGCUCGGGACAAAUCCUUCAUCGCGGGAGCUCCAACUCCGAGCACCCGCUGUGGCCUCGACGAUGCUGCUCAGUGCCCAACUGGCAACGUGACCCUCGUCACACGCGACAUGUCAUUUCUUGCCUCUGCGGUCCCCGGUGGGCAGUUCAUCUACAUUGCCCCAGACGGCUCCAUCAGCUACCCCAAUGCUCACUCGACACUCCGUCCUCCCGGCGCACAAGUCGGCGGCUUCUACUCACUUCUUGCAUCAUCUGAUCACAGCGAGUCAGUGGAUGUGCUCAACUGGCGGUCUACUAAAGACGGGACGUCUGGGUUGUGGGUGUGUGCCGUUGCUCCUGGGGCACCGAUAGCUUACCAGGCGGUGCUCAAAGCCUCGACUGGGCAGUUCAACGGGCUUGGAUGUCUUUCUGUUAACGGCAUCGUCAUUCAGGAAGCGGGGAGUUCCUUUGGCGCCUGGGAGUAUACGUGA